AUGAGAAACCACACAGUCACAACGUUUGUCUUGCUGGGGCUGACGGAUGACCCCCAGCUGCAGGCUGUGACUUUCAUCUUUCUGUUUCUCACCUACGUGUUGAGUGUAACUGGCAACCUGACCAUCAUCUUCCUCACCUCCAUACAUUCACACCUGAAAACGGCCAUGUACUUUUUCCUACAAAACUUCUCCUUCCUAGAAAUCUCAUUUACAACGGCUUGUAUUCCCAGAUACUUGUACAACAUAUCAACCGGUGACAGAACAAUCACAUACAACAACUGUGUCAUUCAAAUGUUUUUUAUCGAUCUCCUUGGUGUCACAGAAUUUUUCCUCCUGGCCAUCAUGUCCUACGACCGCUAUGUGGCCAUCUGCAAGCCCCUGCAUUACGUGACCAUCAUGAGCAGCCAGGUCUGCAGGAGACUCGUCCUCUGCUGCUGGGUAGCCGGCUUCUUGGUCAUCCUCCCACCCCUGAGCUUGGGCCUACGUCUAAAGUUCUGUGACUCUAACAUCGUUGACCAUUUCAUCUGCGAUGUGUCUCCCCUCCUGAAGAUCACGUGCACAGAUACACGGUUGAUAGAGCAGAUGGUCAUGGUCAGUGCUGUGCUGACCUUCAUCAUGACCCUGGUCUGUGUGGGUCUAUCCUACAUAUACAUCAUCAAGACCAUUCUACGAUUCCCCUCAGCCCAGCAAAGGAAGAAGGCCUUUUCCACCUGCUCCUCCCACAUGAUUGUGGUCUCCAUCACCUACGGCAGCUGCAUCUUCAUCUAUGUGAAGCCCUCAGCAAAGCAGUCAGUGGCCACUAACAAGGGUGUGAUUGUGCUCACCACCUCCAUCGCACCUAUGCUGAACCCCUUCAUCUACACCCUGAGGAACAAGCAAGUGAAACAAGCCUUCAAUGACUCAGCCAAAAGAAUUGCUUUGUUCUUAAAGAAGUAA